UUCCACUAGAUCAUGUUUGAGACCUUCAAUUCACCAGCCAUGUACGUUGCCAUCCAAGCCGUGCUGUCCCUGUACGCCUCUGGCCGUACAACUGGAAUCGUCUUUGACAGUGGUGAUGGUGUCAGUCACACUGUUCCCAUCUAUGAGGGUUAUGCUCUUCCUCAUGCCAUCCUUCGUCUUGACUUGGCCGGCAGGGACUUGACUGACUACCUCAUGAAGAUUCUGACUGAGCGAGGCUACUCCUUCACCACCACAGCUGAACGUGAGAUCGUGCGUGACAUCAAAGAAAAACUCUGCUAUGUUGCCCUCGACUUUGAACAAGAAAUGCAGACUGCUGCCUCGAGCUCCAGCUUGGAGAAGAGCUAUGAACUUCCUGAUGGUCAGGUCAUCACCAUUGGCAAUGAGCGCUUCAGAUGCCCUGAGGCCAUGUUCCAGCCCUCUUUCCUUGGAAUGGAAUCUGCAGGCAUCCAUGAGACCACAUACAACUCCAUCAUGAAGUGCGACGUGGACAUCCGUAAGGACCUGUACGCCAACACAGUGUUGUCUGGUGGCUCCACCAUGUUCCCAGGAAUCGCUGACAGAAUGCAGAAAGAAAUUGCUGCUCUGGCUCCACCCACAAUGAAGAUCAAGAUCAUUGCUCCUCCUGAGCGUAAAUACUCUGUAUGGAUUGGAGGAUCAAUCUUGGCCUCGCUGUCCACCUUCCAACAGAUGUGGAUUUCCAAGCAAGAAUACGACGAAUCUGGCCCUUCCAUUGUCCACCGCAAAUGUUUCUAAGCGGCCAGAAAUGCACUGAUAAUGUGAAGACAUUUUCAGAAUUACACACUGAACUGCCAUUAAGGGCUACUCUGAAGACUUGAAAAUCUUUUUUUUCAAGACAACGUUUGACUAUUGUAAUAAGAAUCGUGAUAGUUUUUAUAAAAAUGUUGAAGAUGUUCAAAAUAAAUUUUGUCGACAAUAAGUGACAAUUAAACUGUUAAUUUCUUUCAUUAA